ACGAAACAAUCAAAAAUACCAAAACAAAAUAAUAUAGAUCACAAAUCUGAAUUAAAACUAGCAGCAAGUAAACGGGCAACAAGUUGCGCUGCAACCCAUCAAUAUGUCAGUUUGUAUAGAUGAAACCAUCACGAUCCGAAACGUAUGGUCCAAAAAUCUAGAAUCCGAAUUCGAAUUCAUCCGAUCCGUGAUCGAUCAGUACCCGUACAUCUCAAUGGACACUGAAUUCCCCGGUGUCAUCUACCGUCACUUAGAUCCGAAAAAAACAAACGCUCAUCGCCAGCCGUUAGAUCAUUACAAGCUUCUUAAAUCAAACGUCGACGUUUUGAACCUCAUCCAGCUCGGUUUAACACUCACUGAUGCGUCUGGUAACCUCCCGUGCGACGACGUCACGCGCUGUCGUUUCAUUUGGCAGUUUAAUUUUAGCGAUUUUGACUUGACGCGUGACCAACACGCGCCUGAAUCGAUUGAGUUGUUGAAGCGUCAAGGGAUCGAUUUCGAACGGAACCGAGUUGAAGGUAUAGAGUCGGAGCGAUUCGCUGAGUUGAUGAUGUCGUCUGGGCUGAUUUGUAAUGACUCAGUGAGUUGGGUUACGUUUCACAGCGCGUAUGAUUUUGGUUACUUGUUGAAGAUUCUCACGCGCCAGGAGUUGCCGCGUGGGUUAGAUGAGUUUUUGGAGAGUUUGAGGGUGUUUUUUGGGGAGAACGUGUACGAUGUGAAGCAUCUGAUGAAGUUUUGUCGGAAAAAUUUGUAUGGUGGGUUAGACCGGGUGGCGAAUAUUUUGGAAGUGAACCGGGUUGUGGGAAAGUGUCAUCAGGCCGGUUCGGAUAGUUUGUUGACGUGGCACGCGUUUCAGAAGAUGAGAGACGUGUAUUUUGUUGAUGUUGGGCCGGAAAUCUUUGCCGGUGUUUUGUAUGGGUUGGAAGUUUAUUAGGAUUAUAUAAUAUUGGUUUAGUGAGGUUAAAUUGGUAAAUAAACUAAUAAAAAAAUUAUUAUUUGUUUGUUUGACAUUCUUACAUUUAAGU